AUGGUUCGCGGCGCCCUCUCCACCGUCUUCACGGCUGCUGCCCUCGCUAGCACGGUCUACGCUGGUGCCAAAUGCACAGCGGACAGCCACUGCCCGUCAGACACACCAUGCUGCUCGCUAUACGGUGACUGCGGUGUUGGCGCUUUCUGCCUCGGCGGCUGUGACCCGCUCAUGUCACACUCGUUCGACUCGUGCGUGCCCGGCCCCGUCUGCCAGUCCGGCACCUACAACCUCGACACGCUCAGCAAUGUCCAGUCCAUCGACAAGUACCUCGGCGACUCGUCCAAGGCCGAUUGGCAGUCGCAGGGCAUGCCCGCCAUCUACACCGACCCCAGCAGCGGCAAGAAGUCGACGCUCUUGACAAUGGCCCAAGACACAGUUGGAACACUGCUGGCUUCGACACACUACGUCUGGUACGGCAAGAUCUGUACGAAGGCCACCACGGCGCAGGGCAAGGGUGUCGUCACAGCUUUCAUUCUCAUGUCCGACGUAAAGGACGAGAUCGACUUCGAAUGGGUCGGUGUUGAUACUGGCCACGUGCAGUCUAACUUCUAUUCGCAGGGUGUCACAGUUUAUACGAAUGGUAAGAACCUCACCCUACCUGGAGGCAAUAGCGCCUCGACCAUGCACGAGUACUGCAUUGACUGGAAGGAGGACACACUCACCUGGUCCGUCGACGGCAACGACCUCCGCACCCUGAACCGCAAGGAUACAUGGAAUGGCACCGCCAACCGCUUCGACUACCCUCAGACACCCUCUCGUGUCAUGCUUUCGCUCUGGCCCGCCGGUCUGCCCACCAACGAGAAGGGCACCAUCGACUGGGCUGGCGGUGAGAUUGACUGGAACAGCCAGUACAUGCAGAACGGCUACUACUACGCCCGCUUCCAGGAGCUUACCGUCCAAUGCUAUGACGCUCCUGACGGCAUCAAGAAGUCUGGAUCCAAGAGCUACAAGUACACCGAUUACGCUGGUACCAACAACACCGUCGAGAUUACAAACGACCAGGUCAUUCUCGGCUCGCUCAUGGGCACCGGCGAGAACCCUGGCGAGGCACCCAAGUCCGGCUCCGCGACACAGACAGCAGACAUCGCCAACGUGCCAGGUGGUAACGUUGGCGGCGGCAACCGUGCCGAGGAGACAAGCACACAGGCUGCUUCAGGGACAGGCAGCAGUGCUCAGGCAACAGGCGACUCGAGCAGCAGCGUCAGCGGUGGAUCUUCCGAAUUCAACCAGGGCGGCAGCUCGACCCAGCAGAGCUCCGGCGGCGCGUCGGGUAUCGAACUCAAUCUUGCUGGUUCCGUCCUUGCUGUUGUCUUUGCUAUUGCUGGCCUUGCCGCUGGCUUGUAA